UACGUCACUCGUGCAAUAGAAGAAGAGACGGCACACACAGACAGGAGAGACUAAUGUUCAAAGCUGCUGUUGCUCCAGGAGUUAGCAGCUCAGUCCACUACGCAACCUUGAGUCCACGGCUAUGCUUGACGCAACCGGCGGAGCUUCACACGGGCAGGUCCUCUCGCUCGCACGGUGCUUUCUCCGAUAAGUGAACGAGCUGCGGUCAUGGCGGUCCAGGAGAGAGCUCACAGGACUUCUCGCCAUAUUUUACACGCGAGAUCGCCGCGUCUGGGACUAUUGAGGAUGUUAUUUAUUGCUUUUAUCCACAUGACGCGGGCGAGUAAACAAGCGUUCAUUCAGUCGGACACAAUAUUAGAAGUUCUACAUUUCGGUGAUGGAGGCCUUUUACAGGCAGACUCCGACAUCGAUUUUAGUUUAUAUCAUCAACAAAGCACGUCCCCGCACCGUGGGAACUGCCGACCCAUACGCUUUGAACCUCCAAUGUUGGAUUUUCAUGAACAGCCUGUGGGGAUGCCAAAAAUGGAGAAAGUUUAUUUACAUAAUCCAAGCUCAGAAGAAAUUAGCUUGUUAUCAAUAUCAGCAACGACUGCACAUUUUCAUGCAUCCUUUUUCCAGAACAGGAUAAUCCCGCCAGGAGGAAAUACGUCGUUUGAUGUGGUGUUCCUGGCACGUGUAGUCGGGAAUGUAGAAAACACAUUAUUUAUUAAUACAACACAUCACGGAGUGUUUACAUACCAGGUUUUUGGGGUUGGCAUCCCAAACCCUUACAGGCUCCGUCCCUUCGUAGGGGCUCGAGUUCCAGUAAACAGCAGCUUCUCGCCACUUAUAAACAUUCAUAACCCCUACAGUGAACCACUGCAGGUGGUGGAGAUGUACUCCAGUGGAGGGGAUCUGAACCUAGAGCUUCCCACAGGACAACAGGGAGGCACUGGGAAGUUAUGGGAGAUUCCUCCCUUCGAGACAAAAGGGGUGAUGAGAGCCAGCUUCUCGUCCAGGGAUGCAGACAACCACACGGCUUUCAUUAGAAUCAAAACCAAUGCCCCUGAUGAGGACAAGUUCAUCAUCCUGCCGGUUGAGGUGGAGGUCACAUCAGCCCCUGGUAUUUACUCUGCCUCGGAGAUGCUCGACUUUGGUACACUGCGGACACAAGAUCGGCCAAAGCUGCUCAAUUUGCACCUUUUAAAUUCAGGAACAAAAGAUGUUCCUAUCACUAGCAUCCGUACGACGCCAGCCAAUGAGGCCGUGACAAUAGACUUUAAAGCUGUCACACUGAGAGCAGGCGAGAGCAGAUUCACCAAAGUAGCAACUAUUACUUUUGACGCCUCCAAAGCCAGAAGACCGUAUCAGUUCUUUGGCAAAAUCACGGUUAAAGCAAAAGAAAAGAGUUACGCCAAGCUUGAAAUCCCUUACCAGGCAGACGUUUUAGAAGGCUACUUGGGCUUUGACCACACAACCACGUUGUUCCACAUACGGGACAGUCCCGUUGACCCUGUGGACAAACCCAUAUUCCUCACAAAUGCCUUUAACUUUGCCAUCUGGAUACACAACGUGUCCCUGCCUGACGAGGCCAAAACAAUGUUCAAGGUGCAGAACUUUAGCGCACCAAUCCUCAUUCCACCGCACGAGUCGCGCUACAUCUUCUCGCUGCUUUUUCAGCCAGUCCGACCUUCCAUACACAUCGACAGCAACAUCCUGCUCAUCACAAACGCAUCAAAGUUUCACCUGCCUGUCAGGGCCUACACAGGCUUCUUGGAGCCCCACGUGCUGCAACCCAGUCUGAAGGAGAAUGUCCUGGACUUUGGCGUUCGCAGUGCAACAGACACCAGCAGCAUCAUAUUUGUGGUGGUGAACAGUAACCCCAUCGAGCUUGAGAUCAGGUCGUCGCACGUCACGGGCGACAGUCUCUCAAUGGAGAUGCUCAAGACAGAGAAGGGGAAUUCGACCAUGGCGUCCAGUCGUCUGAAAGAGCUGCAGAAUGCGUCAGCGUCCCAUCACAAAACGGUGAUUUUAGCGUCAGGCUUCUAUGCAGCGUUCAGAGUGACACUGGUAGCCCAGGACCUGGAGGGCACGUAUGACGCAGCCAUACACAUCACCACAGACUACGAGAUAUUAACCAUCCCAGUGACAGCUCUCAUCGCCGUCGGCACAUUAAGCAGCUCCCCUAAUCACAUUGUUCUGCCGCCUUCAUUCCCGGGGAAAGUGGUGCACCAAAUGUUCAGCAUCCACAGCUCAUUCACGCAGAAAGUGAGGCUGGAGCAGAUCCGCUCCCUGACAGAAGACGUCCGCUUUUACUACAAGCGCCUCCGCAACAACAAAGACGAGCUGGAGCCCAGACGCAAGUCCAAGGUGGCAAAUAUUUACUUUGACGCCAGCUUGCAGUGUGGCGAUCACUGCUACUUGGGGCUUCCCUUUGUGCUUAAAUCUGAGUCCAAGCCUCACGGGAUGGCGCUGCAGGAGGACAUUUGGGACGCCGAUGUGGAUCUUCACCAGAAACUUCUCCUGCGAUGGAAAGAGUUGAAGGAGCGCUCGGGCCAUAUGGUUGAAGCUGUGUUUGAAGUCAAUACAGACCUCCAGAAAAAUGUGCAGGCUAAAAUUACAGCCCAGCUGACCUGGCCCUCUUUGGUCAACUCCUCGCAGCACAUCACUUUCCCACUGACCAACACAAACAGCUCCUCUGAUGGACAGGUAACGCUGCAGAAUCCCGCCGAUGUUCCCGUCUAUGUACAAGUUCUCCCCUUGGCGCUGCUGCCCAACCCCUCUGUGUUCUCUGGAAAGUUGGCUGACAGGUUGCAACCAGAAAAUCUGUCCAACAUCAACAUAGACACCAAAACCUUGGAGUUCCAAGUCCACAAAAAACAGACAUCUGCUGGCAAGAGCAGCAGCGGCUUUGUCGAGGGAUCAUCCAAACCGUUUGUGUACAACGUGGUCUUGAUGCCCAGAGAAGUCAAGUCAUUCAACGUAAGCUUCACGCCGGUCCGCAACCACAGUGUCUCCUCCCUGCUCAUAGUCAGAAAUAACCUGACUGUGAUCGACACCCUCGUCCUUCACGGACAAGGAACCACAGAGAGCCUGAAGGUCGCCGGGAAACCCCCAGGUCAAGGCAGCUCGCUGAGGUUUAAGGUGACGGAAGCUCUGCUGAAAGACUGCACAGAGAAGACAAGAGUGCACGAACCAAACUUCACCAUGAAGAGAACGUUCCGCGUGGAGAACAUGGGCCUGCUCCCCAUCACCGUCCGCUCAAUGGAGAUUAACGGACAAGCGUGCAAAGCGUUCGGAUUCAAGGUCCUCAACUGUGAAGGGUUUACACUCCAGCCAAAUGCGUCGAAAGACCUCGUCAUACUGUUUACGCCAGAUUUCACCUCCUCUCGGGUGAUCCGCGAGCUCAAGCUGGUGACAUGCGGCGGCUCGGAGUUUGUCUUUGUCCUCAACGCCUCCCUGCCCUACCACAUGCUAGCGACGUGCGCAGAGGCGCUUCCCCGGCCGAGCUGGGAGCUGGAUCUCUACAUCAUCGUGUCUGCCAUCAUGAGUUGCAUGUUUCUGUUGGUGAUCGGCACCGCAUAUUUGGAAGCUCAAAGCAUCUGGGAGCCCUUCAAGAGGCGCGUGUCUGUAGAACCCAGCUGCACCUUGGAGACGGGGAGGCCAUUUAAUCUCAGGGACAUUGUGCAACUGCACAGUGAUUCGAAUGACUCAUCCCAGAACUCCAGAGGGUUAUACGUGUCCAGCAACGGAGCGGCGCGCCACGCAGCCCGACAGGGUAACACCCGAACCAUGUCGGACUCGGACAGCCAAGAUAAGCGGCCCAGGAUUGGCUCUUCCUCCCAGCUGACCAGAGGAGGUAGCGCUUCACCCCAAGAAGGUCCUCCGCCGGCCUGUCAGCUGACCAACCGCAAGGCUCGCAGCACCAAACCGGAUCUCCACGGUCAAAGUUUAGCUGCGUUGUUGCCAAACAGAACCGUGUGUUCUGACGACGCAGAGUACGCCAACUUGGUCGGAGCCAUGGACAGCGACCUGGACCGUCCAGACUCCCUUGGUGCGGAGCAGAGCUCUCAGUCACUUCAGAACAAAGCGUUAGAAUCCAAAGGGAAGGUGCGAGGCAAAACAAAAGCUCAGAGGAAGAAGGAGGAGAAGGAGAAGAAAUCCACAAGCAAGACUCAGGGCAAUGAGCUGAAAGACCAUUUGGCCGACAACGACGACAGCUCCUCCACGACCACAGAGACGUCCAAUCCGGACAUGGAGACCAGCGUUAAAGAGGAACCAGCGAAAAAGAAAGGAAGGACAGGGAAAGAAGCAAAAGAGCCAUCAAAUUUUAUUAUUAAACCUAAAAGUAAGAAAGCGGGAUCCACAAAGAAGGAGAACCAAGUAGAAAAGUCCAGUUCCCUGGAGCUCCCAUAUGUUACACCACUGGAGAACAAACAGCGGAAGAGCUUUGCAGCGUCCAAAGCUCUUCACCCCCUCACCCCUGUCCCAAAGACGCGGCAGCAGCAGAAACCCAGAUUCGACAGCAAGCUGGAAGAGGGGCGCUCCUCCCUUCUGGCCAAACUGUUAUCCAGCAGCUUGGUGCAGGAGCUCGGUCACAGCAGCAGCUCUGAAGGCGAGAAGGACUUUGGCCUACCAGAGUGGGACUUGCCCGUGGCCUCACACAGCGUCGCAGCAGAUAGUCUUCAGCAGAUCUCCCUCCAAACAUUGAACGCAGACCCUUUCCUAAAACGUUCAUCCACAGCAGGGGCUUGCUCCCCACCGCCCAUCUCCCCCAGCUUGUUGUCCCGAGGAAGCUACAGCAGUGUCCUCAACAGCAACAGGUCCGCACCUCCACACCACCUAGAGCAGUCAUUCAUCAGCGAUGUCCACCAGACCAAAGCUCCAGGGAACAAAGUGUCCUCCCCCGGUCCACUCCCUGGCAAAAACGGCAACCCCACCUUUGCCGCCGUGGCCGCCGGUUACGACAAGAGUCCAGGUGGGUCUGGACCCGGCAGAAGUGAGAGCCAAGCAAGGAGUCUGGCUCCGAUGACAUCGGUGGAGAGUGACAGCUCAGACAGCUCAGGGUUGUGGAGUCCCAUCGACUCCUUCCACUCGAGCAACUCCUUCUCCGCUUUCGGGUCUAGCAACUCCUUCAACCUAACGGUGUUCAGCGGGAUGAACCUCCAGAAGCCAUGGGAGCCUCAGCAGAGCUGGCCCGACUUCACCGCGGUGCCGUCGUCCAUUUGGGACACGCCCAGCGCCGACCCUCUGCACUCCUCCUGGCCCAGCAGCUCCAGCUCUCCCACCGCCCCCACCUCAUCACUCCUAGGGAACGGACACAACCCCUGGUCCGCCACCACCACCUUCGGCAGCUCCAUCUGGUCCACGACCACAGAGUCCUCCCUGCACCCGUUUCCUGUGGCCGCCAAUUCGCCCACCUUGAACGACCUGGUCAGCGGCAGCCCCGCCCCGUCGCCACCGGCUUCCGGCGAGAUGAACGGCACGUACAACCCGUGGAGCAUGUGGCGGCCCACGCUGAGCCGACGCAGCUCCGAGCCCUGGCCGAGUUCUUUGGAGAACGGCAGUUAAAACUGCACGACUGCACUUAAAACGACACGUCACCACAGCAACAGUCGCUAAAUUUUCCGUUUGUUUUUUUUUAAAUUGGAGAAUCCCAACAGAAAGAAGUGUUCCUUCCAGCAGAGAUUUGGUUGUUUAGUUCUUUGUGACUUUUUAUUGACACGGCCGACAAACAAACUUUUAUUCAGAAUCCUUUUAACAGCGCCCCCUCCUGGAGUAAAGGUAAAAUAUUAGCAGGCUAACGCUAAAGGAGAUGUUUUGGCUGGUAAGGCUGAAAGUUUGGUUCAUGACAGGAGAAUCUCAGUUCAGUAUUAAUGUUAACGUCAGCCAUUUUGGUUUCACAUCGUUUUAUUGCAAAGGUUGCUUUGGGCCACGAAAGCAGCACCGCACCUAUUUGAUUGGACGUCAGGGACGACUCCUUCAAACGAGCCCCCUUUUAAUGUCAUAAAAAUCGGGUGACAUCUUAAGUUUGAGGUUUGUAUUGUAACUGGCCUGUCAGCGAAUGAAAAUAAAGGAUUUCAGCAGAG